AUGAAAGUAAGCCGGUUGGGGAGUUGCAGCCUCACAGCUGCUUGCUGUGGGGAUCUCUCCACUAUUCUCAGCACCAGCCAGAGCCUGACAGAGCUGGAACUGGCGGAUAACAAACUGGGGGAUUCAGGCGUGCGGCUGCUGUGUAUCAAGGAGGGGAAAUGCAGAGGAAGAGGCAUAAAGAAGUCAUCAUUUUGCUCUCUGUAUAUCUUCAUAUCCUACAGACUGGGGUAUUGUGAUCUCACAGUUGCUUGUUGUGGGGAUCUGUCCUCUGUUCUCAGCACCAGCCAGACACUGACAGAGUUCAGCAUAAGGUGGAACAACCUAGGAGAUUCAGGAGUGCAGCUGCUGUGUGAAGGAUUAAAACAUCCAAACUGCAAAUUACAGACACUGCAACUGAGUGGUUGCCAUUUCACAGCUGCUUGUUGUAAGGAUCUCACCUCUGCUCUCAGCACCAACCAGACGCUGACAGAGCUGAUCCUGGGAGAGAAAACAAUGGACAACUCAGGUGUGAAACAGUUGUGUGAAGGACUGAAACACCCAAACUGCAAACUGCAGAAACUGGGCUUGAGCAGUGUCAAUGUAAAUGAAGACACACAGAGAGAGCUAGAUGCUGUGAGAAAGAGGAAACCUGAUAUGGUCAUACGUAUAUGGAAGAAUUGGAGAACAGGAGCCAUUGCAGCGACACUGCUCUGGCCUGGCUGUCGGCCUGCUAGCUGGGACAGCAGCUAGGGCCAGGACCUGCCUCUUUUAAGGCAUCUCUGGCAUCACCAAGGACUCCGGAUGUAUAUUCUCCUGCUGGUGUUAAAAGUGAGAACCUCACACUAUGGGGAAAAUACGCUCCUGUUUUGUGAGCUUGUUGAAUUUACACAUUCAGCCUCCACAGGCGCAGGACUGGAAGAGACUGUCAGGUCUGUGAGAACCAAAGGCUUAUUAUGUGGAGCUGGUUAGGCUUUUUAGGUUCACCCACUGAUAUCUGCCCACAUCCUCAAGGUUGUAGACCCCUGUUGCUUAUUGAAAGAAAUGUUGUUUGGUUUCAGUUUUAUAAAUUGUAUUAAAACUAUUACACCAACAAACUGUAUCACCAAAGUGAAGCUACUAAUCGUACUACAAAACUAAAUGAAGCACAGAGCAAUGCAACUAUCCAAACAAAAUCAAACCCCGAUUAAAUUAGUCUCAGUGUUGGAUCAAAACUAUGUCACCAAAUUAGUUACCUCAUCAGAUUAAUAAGAACUGAUUAUUUGUUGUAUUAAUCCUAAAAAGGAUCUAAGAAGGUGACUGUUUGGGUUAUGAAUCCCAGCUAAAGAAUUUUACCCAAUCAACCAAAUCUAUAACUUGGUGCUGGGUCACUCUCUUAAUACUGUAGGGAGUUUAUUAUUUAAUGUCCGAACCACAAGCUCAGAGCCAAUUACAAAGCUUUCUCCUGACAUUUCAAUGUGUGCUGGUGAACAUUUUCCUCCCCUCACCCAAAGCUAUUACAGUGCAGGCUUUGAGAAAACACGCUCUGCUAAGCAGCAGUUUGACAUCUCUUAUUUAGCAAUUUACAGCUGACAGCUUUGUUUCUCAGGCCUCAAACACACACAGACAGAACAUACUUCAGCAAAUGUCUUUGAGACUGUUUUAGGGCUACUUCGAUCCGGGGAACUUUCUUUAAGGCGCCUUCCUGGUGUGGAUUCUACUGGCACUCGUACGCACAUGCUGCAUGUAUGUACAAACCCAGGCUCUCACACCGUCAGAUUAGAGAAUAAAAAGGGCUGGGGCAUCUCCCAGUUAACAAAACCAAGGCAAAAAUAGAAAAAAGGGGAAAACAAGACAUUUAACAUAAUGCCCACGCUUGUGCUGGGACUUAUAAAACACAAAAAGUCUGUACACACUAAAAAAACCCUGACUGACAGAGCAGGAGGGGGAAACACUAACUCCCCUACCUUU